GAUUCGCCAUGAUAGGUCUAUUCUCCAGUAUUGCUAAAGAUCUCUUGAAACGUGGAGAUGCAUGUUCGGAUAGUCCCUUUUACGCCGAAGAAACAAUAUGGUUCGAGGUACUGAAACGAUGUGACGGUCGCACACUAAACAAUGUGGAUCAGGCUUGUCAACUCUUUCACAGAAUUCUGAAACAACCACAGUUUUGGAUUGAGAAGUGUGAAUAUGACAAUGUUGGUAUUCCACCGCUAAGCUGGAGAAAGUUUUUCCGACAAAAAGAGCUAAACGAGCCAAAUGAGCAAGGCGAAUCAUCUGUGGCACAUUCUUUCGAUUACAAAAAAAUAUUCUAUCGGCGACCAUAUAAUCGUAAUCUGGCUAUCGAAUUGGAUAACACUUCUACAAUAAAGAAACUGGAAAAGAAAGGAAUGCAUUUUCAAAGUCAGGGCGAUGGCAUAAUAGUCGAGCAUCCCCCUAUGUUCUGCACCGAUGAGGUGCCUGUCUGCUUUGCUACGAGCUACGAGUGGUGCCACAGGUUUUUCGAGAUUGAUUUGGAGAAAGCGGGAGUCGAGGGAUGGGUGAUGGACGUUAUCCGACCAAUUAUCACUGUUCGUGAACGGUGUGCUUGCAGAGAAGACUGUGGUGCUGUUUACGAACUCAAAUUGCAACUCUUGAAAAGAGAUGAGAAUUAUGAUAAAAAUGUCAUCCUACCGCGUUUCCCUACACAAUCCAGGUUUUGGGGCCAGUGGGAAGGUACGUUUCUUUGUUCAUACUUUUUAUCAGUUUUCAGUUUCAUUGAGAAUUCUUCAGGUGGAAAGUCCUGGGAAACAGUCGAGCAUGUGUUCUCUGAUUAUCCUUGCGGUAUGCGUAAGUUGGCUGUCAUGAGUCGCGGGAAAGAUAGUCAGUUUUGGGCAGGACAUUAUGGUGCAAAAUUCGGCGCAACGGAAGUGAUUGUCACCUUCCCGGAUAACCCGAGGAAGUUGUCUGCAGAAGAUUUUCCGGAUGAAGAGAAGAAGCUCCUAGAUUAUGACUACUAUGUCGCGGACAGAAUUGACAAAGCGCUCAUUCUUCUCUAUUCGGGAAAGAAGAAUUGUAGAAACACUUCGCGUAUUGAGGACUUACCGGCAGAUGGCUUUUUCCAACUUCAUUUCCGUAUUCUUGGAGGGAAAGGAGGAUUCGGUUCUCUUCUUCGAUCCUUCCGUGUUAACAAAAGUACGAAUCAGUUGAUGUGUCGUGAUCUGAAUGGUCGACGUCUCGCGUCUAUCGAUGAAGAGCAGCGACUGAAGAGGUGGAUUGAGAGAACAGCAGAACGCGAAAGAGAAAAAAUUGCAAAAAAGAAGGCCAAGUAUGAGAAGUUAAAGUCUGGUCCCCCGAAGCAUAUGUUUCAUGACCCUGAGUAUAUGCGACAAAAGGAAACUAUAAUUGAGAAGACCGAAGAAGCAUUUGAAGCAGGUUUGAUUGCGUUUGGCCGAGUUAAUAAGUAUUAA